AUGAUCGGAGCGCAAAAUAACAGAGUAGGGUUAGGAUCAAGUAGGAAAGUCCAAGAUACGGAUAUAUUGAAGUCUUUUAUUCGGCAAGACGAGAACGAUAAAUACAAGAUCCAUGCAAUGAGUUUAGAAAUGCAGAACGAGUGGUUAGACAUAGGAGAUUUUUGCAUUCCACUAGCACUAAAAUGGCGCACCCUAAUUCAUGACUGGUCGCCAGCCUUGCUAAAAUUUUAUCUCAAUGCGUUCCAGAUGACUCUCCCAGAUCAGAGUAAUUUAGUAAGAUGGGGUAAAGGUACCGAAAAAACUUGCUAUAUCUGCGGAAAGGCAGUUGGAACUGCCAAGCAUUUGCUGGUGGGAUGUAGGGUUCUCCUGGACAGCGGUCAAUACUCGCGUCGUCACGAUAGGGUUUUAGAGAUCAUACGUUUUGUGAGAGAGGGCACCAGGGCUAUAAAAUCAAACGUCAAGCCUUACUCUAUCCUUAAAGCGGCUUCGGAUUGGACUAUCAUGAUGGAUACGUAUGAGAAACAAUACAAAAUCCCCGAGGAUAUUUGUGCGUCGGCCUCCAGACCAGACAUAUUUCUAUAUUCGCGUAUUUUAAAGCGCGUUGUGAUGAUAGAGCUUACGGUGCCUUGGGAAACCAACAUCCCCAAAGACCAUGCCAUCAAGGUCAAUAAGUAUUACGAGCUCACUAACGAACUAACUCGAAAUAGGUUCGUCGUUGAUUUGUACGCGGUAGAGGUGGGAGCGAGAGGUAUAACAGCUAAAUCUCUCUAUAACCUACUAAAAGACUUGGGCCUGUCCAGAACUAACAUUAAUUCAUUCUUAGAACGUACGUCGAAGGCAGCCCUAGUAGGUUCUUUUCAAAUUUGGUUAGGUAGGGAGAGGAACUUGGACAGUGGAGGUGAGCGUAUAACGCGCGUUAGUUAA